UAGAUCACAAAAGAAUCGCUCUGGGAAAUGAAGAAGGGUUAUUUGUUGUCCACGUUACCAUAGAUGAAAUUAUUCGCAUUGGCUACAUGAAGAAGAUUCACCAGAUUGAGCUUAUCCCCCAUGGCCAGAUGGUUGCAGUGAUCUCAGGACGAAGUCACCAUGUGCAGCUGUUUCCCAUGUCAGCUUUGGAUGGACGAAAGACUGAUAUUCACAAGCUGGCAGAAACCAAAGGGUGCCAGACCGUGACUUCUGGAACAGUGUGCCAAGGGGCCCAUACAUGCCUCUGUGUGGCUAGGAAAAGCCAAGUCUUCUGUUACAAGCUGUUUCAGAGCAAGAAAAUUUCUCACAGAAAAUUUAAAGAGCUCCAAAUCCCAACCAAUGUCCAGUGGAUGGGCAUCUUCAGCGAACAGCUCUGUGUAGGAUUCCAAUCAGGAUUCCUGAGAUACCCCUUGAGGAGAGAAAGAAUUCCAUACAGGAUGCUGCACUCCCAUGACCCUACACUGUCAUUUAUUGCACAUCAACCAGUGGAUGCUCUCUGUGCAAUUGAGAUCUCUAGUAUUGAGUAUCUGUUAUGUUUUAAGAGCAUUGGAAUUUACACUGACAGCAGGGGCCUCAGAUCUAGGCCAGCUGAACUGAUGUGGCCAGCAACUCCAAGUUAUUGCUAUUCGUUAAGUGAGAUGAGAGGAAGGCUCAUCUUUGGUCUAUCUUAUACUGAACCAAGGGCCAGCCAUGACCAAGCACCUCCACCUAAGGGAGCAGCACCCAUUUCGUCAGGACUUUCUGCCAGCUGAAUCUUCAGUCCUCUGCACCUUCCUAAACGCUACAGAAGAUGAACAUAUCUGAGGUCAGCUCUCUAUUCAUUUCCCACUUUGUGGUGUGAUGGAUUUAACUCUUGAUUUCAGAUUGCUCUCAGCCUGUUUUAUACAUUCUUUAUCAAUGUAAGUUAUUUUCCUUUUAGGAUUAGUUUGCUAAGAUUUUACUUGAGUCAGGAAUGUACACUCUUGAGUUAUAUUGAAUAGCUUUUUGUAUGUAUUGUAGUAAAGGUAUAGCUUAUUUUCUUUAAUCUGCAAAUUUUCGAGGUAGCUGAAAUGGAUUUUAGAAUGGUAACUUACUCUUGAAUUCUUGUAUGGAUGCUACUUGCUAAUGGGUUCUAGUUUUUUGGUUUUGAUUUUACAUACUAAAUAGUGUGAUUUGUAAAUAAGCAUAUUUUUUUUAUCUCUUUCUAUCUCUGUGCACUUUAAUUUCUUUUUCAGUCAGGCUGGGAUUUAAUGUGAAAGAAUUCAUUUAUUCACUGCUAAGUAUGAUGUUAGUCAUAUGCCUUAAAUAGCUUCUCAUUGUCAGAUCUUUUCUUUUCCUCCUAUUCCUAGUGCUAUAAAAUUAGUGUCAUUUCUUCCUUAAAAAUUCACUCUAGAAUUCACUACAGAAACAAUGUGGACCUGAAGUUUACUUUGUCAGAAUUUUUUUUUUUAAAUAACAAUUUUAUUGAGGUACAAUUCUUGUACCAAAAAUUCACCCUUUUAAUUUGUGCAGUGCAGUGCUUUUUUUAAAAUAUGUUCACAGAGAUGUGGAAUUAUCACCACUCUUUAAUUUUAGAAUAAUUUCAUCACCCUCAAAAGAAACCCUGUACUCUUUAGUAGUCACUCUCCAUUCCUGCUCCCAAGCUCCUAGGAACUACUAAUCUACUCCGUGUCUUUAGAGAUUUGCUUAUUUUGGAGGUUUCCUAUAAAUGGAAUCACAAAAUAUGUACCCUUUGGUGAAUGGCUUCUUUCAUUUAGCAUGACCUUUUUAAGGUUCAUCACUGUUGUAAUACGCAUCAGUAAUCCAGUUCAGUUUCUGGCCAAGCUAAUAUUUAGUUGUAUGGAUAUAUCACAUUUUGUUUAUCAGUUUAUCAGUUGAUAGACAUUUGUUGUUUCUGUUUUGACUGUUAUGACUGUUUUGACUGUUAUGAGCAGUUGUGUAAACAUUUUUGUGUGUACCCAGUUUUCCAAUCUACUUUGUAUAUACUUAGAAUGGAAUUACUGGGCGAUAAGGUAACUGUUCAACAAAUUUAGAAACUGCCAGAACAAUUUUCCAAGGCAGUGGAACUAUUUUACCACCCCAUCAGCAAUGAAUGAGGGUUACAGUUUUCCCACAACUACCAUUAGUCAUUGUUAUUGUCUGUCUUUUUUUUAAAAGCCCUCCUGGUGAAUGUGAAGUGGGAUUUUAUUAUGGUCAUGAUUUGCAUCUCCCUAAUGUUGAGCAUCUUUUCGUGUUCUAAUUUUUUAUUGGCUGUUUGUAUAUAUUCCUUGGAGAAAUGUCUGUUCACAUUCAUUCUCCGUUAAUAAAUUGGGUUAUUUGUCA